AUGUCAGUGAGAAGCGGAAUAUCGCAUAAUUCUGUGGAUACCACGGAAAACAACGUUGAAGAGAUGAUCGUGGGAGACAAUCCCGGAAUCGCAAUGGAGGUGAGUCAAUUGGAUACUCAGCUGUCCACUGCAUUUGAUAAUAUCAUCCUGCGACUUGAGGACGGUCUGGAUGAUCAGAUUCGUAACUUGCCUGUGUUUAAAAAACGGAACAUUUUGGAACUAGUUAAAGGCACAGUGGAAACUGCCAGGGAGAAGGCACGGUUGUCCAUUCACCUUGCUAGCCACUCGAUUUUUGAAGAGAUUUCUAUGACUGCGGAACAAUUGCGCAAUGUUUUGCCAAUAGCGAGUCGUAAUAGUAGUUUGAUGCAAACGUUAGCAGACGAAAUGGGUUGUGAAAUUCCUGAGGUGUUAGGAUUGGUAAAAGCUCGAAAUCUAGAGGUAGAUUUUCUCAAGUCGCAGAUGACUGAACGAGAAGAGAGCAUCAAGUGCCUACAAAACCUCAAUUGUCAAUUGCAGAGUCAGGUGGACGAUCUGACAGCAAGACUGGAAGUCUCACUGGGUCAGAAGCAAUCAGCCACAAGAGCCCAAGGUGAGAAAAACAACACCACGGAUUGGUCUGCUAUUAGCAAACAGCUUCUCUCAUUGAAUGGUGGUAAAAAAUCCAAUGUUCAGAACCGGCAAAUCGAGUGUCCAGUAUCGAACGCUGGGAUAGCGAAGCCCCGGAGGUCAAUCUCCAACGAACGAUCAAGUCUAUACUCGGAACCGUCUUCCAGAGGAUCGACGAUCGGUGAGUCGAGUUUCCUUUCCCAAAACUCGGAGGUGGGGGAACUUUCGGAGGCCAGCCAUAUCUCACAUGCUAUGAACGGAAUGUUCAGCGUAUUUAAAGAAGUUUUUAAAGCGCAAAGCGUGGCAGACGUCCCCAAAUAUGACGGUAAAGGCUCACUUAGCGACUUUCUGCGAGCGCUAGAGAUGAAGUACCCCGUAGCCGUUUGGUCGGAUAGAGACAGGCGUGAUGUAAUGGUCAACCAUUUAACAGGGUCGGCGCGUUCCAUCUACAAGGGCCUAGCGGAAAGCGUUAAAAAGGGUAGCUUUGCCGGGAUAGUGGAUGCACUUAAGGCAGCACGGCGUAACCCCUGUGAAAGGCUAAAAAUAAUAGAUGAAUGGGACAGACUUAGGAAGCGGAGCAGUGAAUCGGUAGGAGAUUUUUGUUGCCGCAUGGAGGAUAUAUCCAGAAAAAUCCAUCCAAGCAAUGAAUGGGAUUUCCAUCUGGCUUCAAAACUGUACUCUUGCUUAGAGCAUUGGAAAGAUUCGUAUCACUUAUUAGCUGCUCUAGAAGCACGCGAAGGAGAGAUAUACGAGUCUGUCAAAAAGGUUGCUUUGAGGCUUGAGAAGACUCAAACAGCAAGACCUGUAAGGGAAGAACCUUUCAAGAAGUUUAGUUCUUUCAAGAAGAGGAUAGUUGCCGAUAAAGCGACAACUUCCACUCAUGAUGACCGUAUUACGCAGAAAUGCUAUACCUGUGGCGGUAGCGGCCACUAUAGCGGCGUAUGCCCUAAUAAAUCAAUACCCAGAGGUGAGCCCUCUGGCCCCAAGGGUCAAGGUGCAGUUAGGAAGGGCAAGGACGGGCGUCCCCCUAGGCAAGCAUUGUCCACCUUCGUAGAGGAAUGGUGUGGGAUGGUCCGCAUUCAGAGAUCACCUGUAGAUUCAGGCACUGUAGCGGUUGGGAAGCCAACGCUAUAUGAUGCUACAAUCUUUGGAAUCAAGGUAAAAGCACUAAUAGAUACUGGAUCAGUUAUCUCCAUAUUACCAGCUGCUCUCCUUAAGCAGGCCAAAGAAAAUGGCUUUGACUUAGACAGCGAAGUUGAAAUGGUAGGUAAUGGGUGCGAACAUCAGGUGUUCGACGCUUCAGGCAACCCAAUGCAAUUUCUUGCAAUAGUUAACGCAGAAGUAAGCGUACAAGGAGCGGAUAGCAUCCGGGUAUCUAUGCAUGUCCAGAAAGGCAAGAGUAAAACCCUUCUCUUAGGAACCAAUGUUCUAGAGGCCUUGGGAAUCCAGCUACGGUUUGAGCCUAGCAUAGAUACAUCGCGGAAAGCGCGUAAUUUGCUGGAACAUGCAAAAGCGUCUAGGAGGAUGAUUAUACCACCUGGAGCUACGGCAUCCAUUGAGCUGGUAGGCUCAAAGAAGUCCGGAGAGAGAAUUUUCUGGUCUACUGACCCUCGAAUAACCUCUGGGGUAUGCCUCCUGAGACAAGGAAGUACUGAAAUUUCGGUAGCAAACCGUGAUUCCCAGACUUGGGUAGUUAAUAAGGGUGAACCUUUUGGAGAAUGGUCGGAUGAAUGGUCCAUUCUUCCUUCCAAAUCGAUAGACAUGUCAGGUGGAAUGCUUGACAUGCAAAAACAUCCAGUCCUACCAAAAUCAAAACGGUUAAAAGUUUUGAUAGAGAUGUUGCAGCAAAAUCGGAGUUCGGGGGAGUUGUCAAAAGAGCUCAUCGGUAUUCUUGGAAAGUUUGAUGAAACUUUCGCGAUUACUGAUUCUGAGCUUGAGCACACCAGCUUGGUAGAGCAUGACAUUGACGUACAGGGACACCCUCCAAUUCGUCAAAAGACAAGGCCUGUGCCUUAUAGCGUUCGGAAGAAAGUGGAUGACAUGCUUUCAGACCUUAAGGAUCGCAAGAUAAUUGAGGAGAGUCAAUCGCCCUGGGCAUCACCCAUUGUCCUGGUAGCUAAAAAGGAUGGUAGUACACGGUUGUGUAUUGAUUAUCGAGAGAUUAAUAAGGUAACAAAGAAGGAUUCUUACCCGUUACCACCCAUUGACGUAACCUUGCAAAAUUUGCAAGGAAAAAGAUGGUUUUCGUCUCUAGAUUUAGCUAGCGGUUACUGGCAAGUGCCGCUCUCGGAGAAAGCGAGGGAAAUAAGCGCCUUUACAACAACUUCGGGCUUGUUUCAUUUCAACGUUUUGCCAUUUGGUCUUACAAAUGCACCAGCGGCAUUUCAACGGCUAAUGGAUAAGGUCCUUGGGAAUCUCAAGGGAUCAGAGGUCUCAGUUUAUUUGGACGAUAUACUUAUCGCCACUGAAACUGAGCAGCGCCAUUUGGAAGUGUUGGAACAAACACUUGAAGCAUUCCGGAAGGCAAAUUUGAAGGUAAAGCCUCAAAAAUGCCGCCUAAUGGAACCCAGCUUGGAAUUUCUAGGUCAUGUUGUGGAUAAGGAUGGUAUAAAAACGAAUCCUGAUAAGGUUGGUAACAUCCGAAAGUACCCAGUACCACGCAAUAUCGCUCAGCUGCGGACUUUCUAG